AUGUUGGAACAUUUUUGGCAGAUAUUAAAUUGUAAAAAUAUUUAUCAUUUCUCAUGUGAAUUUGACAUCCUUUAUUCUUCCAUCAUAAAAUUUGUUCUUAAUUUACCAUACUCUAAUCUACAGGUAUUCGACAUUCACACAGCCAUCGUACUGGAACCGUCCGGACCAAUGAUACUCUACCACGUUGACUCGGACGAAGAAGGACAACUCUACCAGAUCAACUUCUGGGUCCACGCAGUCGUCAUCAAGCUCCUCCCUUGCUGUAUCCUCACCGUCAUCAGCCUAUGGCUAAUAAGAGAAGUGUACAGCGCAAACCAGCACCAGAAAAAAAUAAGAGUUUACAACAAGUGCCCCACAAAUAAUAAGGCUAUGAAAAGACAGUAUAAAGCUGAUAGGAGAACGAAUAGAACAACAAAAAUGCUUGUAGCCGUUCUUCUUUUGUUUCUAGUCACGGAGCUCCCUCAAGGAAUACUUGGCCUUUUAAGUGGGCUUCUAGGAAGAUGUUUCUUUAAGCGUUGCUACGACUUGUUUGGAGAGUUAAUGGACGCAUUAGCACUACUGAAUGGAGCCAUUAACUUUGUGCUGUACUGCUCGAUGUCGAGGCAGUUUCGCAUGACGUUCGGACAGAUGAUGUGGCGAGCGCACUUACACCGCUGGCCUCCACCGAAUGCGUCGCAAUCUGACGGACCGAAUACGGCAAAGUCGUCGGUGCCUUGAGGAAGGUUUGUACAAGAGAAACAUGGUCAUGUCAUGCAGCAGUUUCUUUGAACAAUAAGUGUCAGCAUACGGCCAUAAUUAUUACGUUACGAAUUUUCAUAGUAAGGUCAGCAACAGAAGUCUUUUAACACAAACAGUUUUCCACAACAACUGUACAUGAUCAAAUUAAAUGAUUUGCCGUUGUGCUAUUUUUUGUGUCUUUUGUUUCUUUAAAAGUAAACGACUUCUGCGGUUAGAAAUGUAAUCUUUGCGUUGCUUGUUGUUUCACAAACAUUCACCAGCCACAUUCUCUCAAGAAUCAGAACAAGCAUUCGUAGAUUCAUAAACACUUGUCGUGUAAUGUCGUGGAAUGUCGGACACAGUGUCUUUGGCGUGCUGAUCUAUUAAACCACUCGGCUACCUGUACAGACAAUUUACUUGAUUCCUAAAACAGUUAAACAUAAUAAAUAACAAUUGCGACAUAUCACUGAAAAAUACAAGAGCUUUAAUAAUCUGAUUGUGUUAACAGAAUUCUCUUGAUGACCGUACCCACCUAAUUAAGAGUUGAUAAUACCUACCUAUGUAUAAUUUAAAUUGAAAAUAGAGAAAGCUAUGAUAUUUUUAAAUGUCGUUGUUUACUCGAAUAUAUUCCCUUAAGCUCUGUAAUGAAAUAUCAGCAAAAAUCGUAUUUUUGCUUAUAAGUAUGUGUGUAUAAUAUUAUGAUUAUGCAUUUGAUGUAAGUAUAAGCUUGUUUGUACAAGAGAUUAUGCACACCUAGACCUGAAUUCAGAAACAAUACUACUUAGUGAAGUUCUGAAUUGUUUUCGUCUCUACACUUUACUUCACAGAGACUGAGAGCAUGAGUCCUUAUAAAGACUUUUGGCUGAUGGUCAUUUGUUUGUUAUAAGCCCGCUUAUUUCCAAUAAUGAGUAAUUUAUUUUACAACUUCAUUGGAGUUUUAUGACAGUUACUGUCAUUAAACCACUGUAGUUCCUUGAAUACAUAAAUAGCUAAUUUUUUAUGCCAGGUUAAUGUAUAAUAUUGGAAAGGUGUUUUUUUAUU